AUGUCGACCACCCUGACGGCCACCGUGUGCUAUUUGGACCGCGGGGAGCGUUUUAUCGCGAGCAACCGGAGUAUACACACAGAAACCUGGGAAACAAGGUUUUGUGGUGAUGAAAUCGAUCGGCCAUCAAACAGCACUGAAAACAUCUCGGAUUGGAAUCUGCUAGCGAUAGUCCGUCACCCUCUCGAGCGCUUCAUGUCAGGUUUUUAUGACAAGUGCAUAGUAAGAAGCCAGGAGCCUAAGUACGCUCAUUUUUGCUAUGGCUGCAACGGGAGUUUGUCUUGCUUUCUGUACAAACUUUAUGCUAAUGCUCGAAAACUUUUGACGACCGUGGAUUUUGAUGAGAUCGACUUUGAGGGCAGGCAUUUUUACCCUCAAAAUUGGUUUUGCAACUUUCUCCAAUUCCCCCAUAUGAAGGUGAUACGAUUUUUAAAUAGCCCCGACGAGCAGUCCCGUCUGAGAAGGGACUUUUUAAAUUUUUUAAAGCAAGCUCAAGUUGAAGAAAGCCAAUUAAAAUACAUCGAAGCCGAGCUGCACCUAAAGUCGCCGCAUCAAACGAGGGACCACUCAAAAUUGGACAUUUACCUCGAUGAGUUGCUGGGCAGCCAGGAGCUGCUGAACAAAUUUAUGCAAAUCUUCUACUAUGAUUUUGUGUUGUUUGGAUUUAUGAUG